AUGGAAAAAACAGAGUCAGAUUUGGAUCCAGAGCAGCUCCAUAUGAUGGAGACUGGUUUUUCACGGACUAUGCAAAUCGAUCCUAGAAGGUCUCGAUUCCCGUGCUCCAUCGUGUGGUCGCCACUUCCCGUCAUUUCUUGGUUCAUUCCUUUUAUCGGCCACAUUGGAAUCUGUAGAGAAGAUGGAGUCAUUUUGGAUUUUGCAGGCCCUAAUUUUGUUUGCGUUGAUAAUUUCGCAUUCGGAGCCGCUACUCGAUAUGUCCAAAUCCCUAAAGAUAAGCAGUGUUGCAUCCCUUUAGGCGAGUUGAGGACCUGGGACGAUGCUCUACUGAAAAGCACUCAAGAAUUCCAACACCGAUCCUACAGUCUCUUUACAUGCAACUGCCACUCCUUUGUUGCCCAUAACUUGAACAGGCUCACCUACCUGUCUAGCAGAUGGAAUGUGGUGAACCUUGCAAUUUUCAUUUUACUCAGCGGCCGCUGGGUCAACAAAACAUCUAUGCUGCGAACCAUUUUACCAUUUCUGCUUGUUUUUUUUCUUGGACUCACAUUCGGAGGCUUCACUUUCUUCAAAUUUUGGUUCUUAUUCACUUCGCUUCUAAUUGGUUGGUUCCUUCUUGCCACAUAUUGUUUUAAGAAUCUCAUUCAGUUGUAG